CCCGGGUAGGAAAGUUUCAACGUCGAACGCGGAGCAAGAACCGGGCCGGGUUUUUGGCAGCCUGGCCCCUUCGGUACGGCAGCUUUCUCUUCGUUUUACCGAGCCGGAGCCAACGGGCCCGGUUCAUGCCGGGGUUCAACCGACAUCUCCGGUUCCACCGUCAUCGUCGUCGUCGUCGUCGCCGUCGCCGGGCCCGGGGUUAAACGCGGAGCCGCCGCCGCGUUGGCCCAGCGUCCCGGCGAUGAGGAAACUCUUCGGGGAAAGCUGCCGGCAAUCGGCGACUGGAGGGAACGGGAUGGUGGGCAACGGGAGCGGGGUUGGAAGCGGGAGCUCUCGGGGGGUUCCUCCACCUCCUCCACCCCGCAGCCGUGUCCCGCACCCGGCUCUCCGUUCUCCCCGUGGAACUCCGCCGGAGCCCGGCCCGCAUUCCUGGCAUAACUCGACUCGACCGCAACCACCCUCCUCCUCCCCAUCACCCCGUUCCAACGGGGAGGAUGAAGCGGCGGCAACGGCGGCGGCAACGGCGGCGGCAUCAUCAUCAUCAUCAUCAUCAUCCCGUUCCCCCCGCGUUUCGUCGGGCAGCGAAGGCGAAGGGGGGCAAAGCGGUGCCCACCGUCACCGCGCCGCCCGGAAGAAGAAGAAGGAGAGUGGUGGUUGGGAGAACCCGGCGGAUGGCGGCGAUGUCGAGGCUGAAGGCUGCGGGAGGGUGGUGGUCCCCCGUCAUCCUUUGCCCGUGGUGGCCCGUGUCUCCAAAGUGAACAUCCUGCCCUUCAGCAGCCCCGGCGGGUCGCGGAGCAGCAGUCGUUAUUCCAGCACGGAGACCCUGAAAGAAGAAGAACAGUUUGGGGUUUGUUGGCCCAACCAAGGACGGACUCUCCAGGCAGGUUAUGGCAUCUAUCGAUCCCCCAGUUUUGGGACGAGUGAUGGCCUGGCGUGGGGACAGCCGUCCGUCCGUGUCCGUCCCAAGCUGCCGCAGGGCACGGCCAAGGCGAAACUGGACUUUGGGAGUGAGAGGUUGCACCAACCGGGGCUGGAAGCGGAGCGGGCCAAGCACCGCAAGUCCUUGUCCAACCCGGACAUUGCCACCGAGACCCUGACGCUCCUCAGCUUCCUCAAAUCAGACCUCUCGGAGCUGAAGGUGAAGAAGAAAGGGGUGAGGAUUGGCCUUGACGCGGGCUCCGAUGGCAGCUCCGGCGUUGCCAACUCCUCCCCGGGUGGCCGCGGCGCCACUCAGCCCCCCAACCGUUGGGCGCCGGGCGAGCGGCCAACGCUCAAGGACCUGACGGCCACUUUGCGUCGAGCCAAGUCCUUCACCUGCUCCGAAAAAUCGGGGGCGCGGAGGCUUUUCCUACAGAGCACCAUGAAGCAGAGCUCCUCCGAGCUCCUCCUGGCCACCGCCGACAGCCAGGACCAGGUGGCUUUGGAUGGGGGACAGCGAAGGGAUGAGGAUGCUCUCCCCAUGGUCAUCCAGGAUCAGUACAUCCAGGAGGCGAGGCAGGUCUUUGAGAAGAUCAGCAGGAUGGGUUCCCAGCAGGACUAUGGCUUCACAGCCGAGCAGAAGGACAGUGGAGGUGUGGAGGGCGCCGAGGUGGUGGCACCGACGGGGACGACGGAGGUGACCCUUCAGGGCCGGGCGGAGAGCACGCGGUGUUUGAAGGAAGUGGAGUCGGAGGAGAACCUCGCUCGCAGGAAAUCCAUGGAGGAGCUGUCGGGUCAUGAGUCGAGCGUGACGGACGAGGGCAUCGUCACAGAGCCAGAGCCUGUGGGGAUGCCCUUCCAAGACUUGCACGAAUCCGUGGACGCCUGGACGCUGCCCAACGCUGGGCCGGCAGCCGGUGACACCGAAAUGCCGCUGCCCGCUCACCCGGCGGCGGUGGUUGAAGACCUUCCAGCUGGCAAACCCGAGACACCCAGCACCCCUGGCAGCUUGCGGCGCCGACGUAAGUUCCCCUCGGCGGGUGCCAAUGGGAUGGAGGGUGGCAGCGAGGGUGGCACCGAACCCUACCGCUCCUUGAGCGACCCCAUGCCCCACCGGAGGCGCUCGGUGGCGGAGGAAGCCAAGAAUUUCUCCGUCGACAGCAACCUCCUGGGCUCGCUGAGCACCAAGGCGGGCAUCCCCCAACCCGCCGCCAUCGCCGGCAGCGCUGGCAGCGCGGGCAGCGACCUGUCACUGGGCAGUGAUGGGCCACGGGACUACAGCAGCCUCAUCCAAACCAUCGUCAGCCAGCCCGGCGCCAUGGCCAAGCUCAUCGAUGAGAAGGGCAACGGCAAGACCAUCAAGAAGAAGUCGUUGAGCGACCCCAGCCGCCGCGGUGAGCUGCCCACCGGUGCCUUUGAAGGUCCCGGUGAGGCCAUCAACGAGCUGGAGCCCACCAUCCCACCGUCCAGCAGCGAGCCCAUCCUCUCGGCGCAACCAGCGGCGCCGGGCACCGGCCGUGGUUAUGGCUUUGACCCCAAGUUGGCUGACGUGUUGUCCCCUCGCAUCGCCCGGCGCAGCUCCAAGAAGCGCUCCAACCGGGCGGCUCACCAGGAAAACCAACCACCACCAGCUCCUGCCGUCCUCACCAAGAGCCGCCCGGCCACCAAACACGUCCGUCACACCAGCGAGCCUGCCACCUUCGUCCCCAUCACCGUCCCCGAGCCUCUUGUCCCCUCCGGCCACCACAGCCACCUCCCUGCUCCUGCUGCUGGCCGCUCACCUGGCAAAUCCUUCCCAACCUCCCAACCUCCUUCGCUGGAGGAUGUCACCAAGCGGUACAUGCUGGCCCUCAACUCAGGUGACGCGUCCCCUGCUCCUGGGGAUGGACCUCGCUCUCCGCCCGCUGCCCCACCACCCCGGCUGCCCCGCUGCCCACGACCGCCCGACGAACACAGCCCCAGGACCAAGCCACAGGUGUUCCCCUCGGCGGGUGCCAAUGGGAUGGAGGGUGGCAGCGAGGGUGGCACCGAACCCUACCGCUCCUUGAGCGACCCCAUGCCCCACCGGAGGCGCUCGGUGGCGGAGGAAGCCAAGAAUUUCUCCGUCGACAGCAACCUCCUGGGCUCGCUGAGCACCAAGGCGGGCAUCCCCCAACCCGCCGCCAUCGCCGGCAGCGCUGGCAGCGCGGGCAGCGACCUGUCACUGGGCAGUGAUGGGCCACGGGACUACAGCAGCCUCAUCCAAACCAUCGUCAGCCAGCCCGGCGCCAUGGCCAAGCUCAUCGAUGAGAAGGGCAACGGCAAGACCAUCAAGAAGAAGUCGUUGAGCGACCCCAGCCGCCGCGGUGAGCUGCCCACCGGUGCCUUUGAAGGUCCCGGUGAGGCCAUCAACGAGCUGGAGCCCACCAUCCCACCGUCCAGCAGCGAGCCCAUCCUCUCGGCGCAACCAGCGGCGCCGGGCACCGGCCGUGGUUAUGGCUUUGACCCCAAGUUGGCUGACGUGUUGUCCCCUCGCAUCGCCCGGCGCAGCUCCAAGAAGCGCUCCAACCGGGCGGCUCACCAGGAAAACCAACCACCACCAGCUCCUGCCGUCCUCACCAAGAGCCGCCCGGCCACCAAACACGUCCGUCACACCAGCGAGCCUGCCACCUUCGUCCCCAUCACCGUCCCCGAGCCUCUUGUCCCCUCCGGCCACCACAGCCACCUCCCUGCUCCUGCUGCUGGCCGCUCACCUGGCAAAUCCUUCCCAACCUCCCAACCUCCUUCGCUGGAGGAUGUCACCAAGCGGUACAUGCUGGCCCUCAACUCAGGUGACGCGUCCCCAGCUCCUGGGGAUGGACCUCGCUCUCCGCCCGCUGCCCCACCACCCCGGCUGCCCCGCUGCCCACGACCGCCCGACGAACACAGCCCCAGGACCAAGCCACAGGUGGACAUGAGGAAACACGUCAUCAUGACGCUGCUGGACACGGAGCAGUCCUACGUGGAGUCCUUGCGCACCUUGAUGCAGGGUUACAUGAAGCCACUGAAGCAGCCGGAGAACUCGCUGUUGUGCGACCCGUCGCUGGUGGACGAGAUCUUCGACCAAAUCCCCGAGCUGCUGGAGCACCACGAGCAGUUCCUGGAGCAGAUCCACGACUGCGUGCAGAACUGGCACGAGAAGCAGAAAGUGGGCGACCUCCUGGUGCAGUCGUUCUCCAAGGACGUGCUGGUGAACAUCUACUCCGCCUACAUCGAUAACUUCCUCAACGCCAAGGAUGCCGUCAGGAUCGCCAAGGAAGCCCGGCCGGCCUUCAUGAAGUUUCUGGAGCAAAGCAUGAGGGAGAACAAGGAGAAGCAGGCUCUGUCUGACCUGAUGAUCAAGCCGGUGCAGAGGAUCCCACGAUACGAGCUGCUGGUGAAGGACCUGCUGAAGCACACGCCAGAGGACCACCCUGACCACCCUUUCCUCAUCGACGCCCAGCGGAACAUCAAACAAGUGGCCGAGAGGAUCAACAAGGGCAUGAAGAGUGCGGAGGAGGUGGAGAGGAACGCCCGGAUCGUGCAGGAGAUCGAGUCCCACAUCGAAGGGAUGGAGGACCUCCAGGCCCCACUCCGCAGGUUCCUGCGCCAGGAGAUGGUUGUGGAAGUGAAGGCGGUGGGUGGGAAGAAGGACCGCUCCUUCUUCCUCUUCACGGACCUGCUGGUGUGCACGACGUUGAAGCGCAAGUCGGGGUCCCUCCGCCGCAGCUCCAUGAGCUUGUACACGGCAGCCAGUGUGAUCGACACCGCCAGCAAGUACAAACUGCUCUGGAAGCUGCCACUGGAGGACGUGGACAUCGUCAAAGGUGCCUCACAAGCCACCAACCGGGAGAGCGUCCAGAAAAGCAUCUGCCGUCUGGAUGAAGACCUCAGCACGUUGGGGCAAGUCAGCAAGCUGUCGGAGACCCUCAGCUUCCCCCACCAGAACCUGGAUGAUGUGAUCAAGGACCUGAUGGCCGCCAUCCACCGGGAGCUGGCAGAGAAGCAGUCCCUGUCCUUCAGCAUGGCCUUCCCCCCCAACAAGGUGGAGCUCAGCACCACCAAAGCUGACGGCACCGAGUCCUUCAUCUUUGAGUUCCCCAACCCCGAUGCCCGGCUUGGCUUUGAGCAAGCCUUCGAGGAUGCCAAGAAGAAGCUGGCUUCCAGCAAAAACUGCCUGGACCCAGAAUUCCUCAAGGCCAUCCCCAUCAUGAAGACGCGGAGCGGGAUGCAGUUUUCUUGUGCUUCUCCCAGCCACGGCAGCCCGGAAAGCUCCCAUGAGGUUUGGGUUUGCAACAGUGAUGGUUACGUGGGGCAGGUUUGUUUGCUCAGCAUCCGUAAGGAGCCCACGGUGGAGGCCUGCAUCGCCGUCUGCUCCGCCAGGAUCCUCUGCAUCGCCUCCGUGCCCGGUCUCAAGCGGGCGUAUAGCAGGGAGCGUGCUGAGGUGGUGGGCAGCCCUUCCUCGGAGCCGAUGGCGGCGCAGGCCGAGGAUGCGGGGCCCCAGCCCUGCCUUCACAUCUCCAUCUCGGGUUCAUCGCUGGAGCUCUCGGAGCCGGUGGACGGUGGCAACAGGGAGCUGGUGCCCUUCGAUAGCGACGACACGGAUGACGAGUCCUCACCCAGCCCCUCGGGGACGCUGCAGAGCCAAGCCAGCCACUCCACCAUCUCCUCCAGCUUUGGCAAUGAAGAGAUCUCGAGCUGCAAGGAGGCAACGGCAGAGACGACGAGCUCGGAGGAAGAGCAGGAACCUGGCUUCAUGCCCAUCACGGGCACCUAUGGCCAAAACCGGCACGGCGAGAGCCCCACGGACGGGCGAGCCCUGCGCCGCUCCAGCCGUGGCUCCUUCACCCGGGGCAGCCUCGAGGACCUCCUCAGCCUUGACCCUGAAGCCCAUCAGAGCUCCAUGUGGUUGGGCACCGAGGAUGGCUGCAUCCACGUGUACCAGUCUUCGGACAACAUCCGCAACAGGAAGAACAGCAUGAAGAUGCAACACGCUGCCGCCGUCAUGUGCAUCUUGUACCUGGAUAACCAGGUUUUCGUGUCGUUGGCCAACGGGGAGCUCGUUGUGUACCAGCGGGAGGCAGGCCGCUUCUGGGACCCCCAAAACUCCAAGUCCUUGUCCCUGGGCUCACCGGGGAGCCCCAUCACCAAGAUGGUGGCGGUGGCGGGGAAGCUGUGGUGCGGCUGCCAAAACCGGGUCAUCGUCCUCAACACCACCACCUUGGCACAAGAGCACACACUCCAGGUGGGACAGGAUGGUGGGCGCAGUGUCACCUGCAUGGUGAGCGCGGGGACGGGCGUGUGGGUCGCUCUGCAGAGCAGUGCCCAGGUCCGGCUUUACCACGCCACCAGCUACGAGCAGUUGGCCGAAGCUGAUAUCACCCCCCCGGUACACAAGAUGCUGGCUGGUUCGGAUGCCAUCAUCCGGCAGCACAAGGCAGCCUGCCUGAGGAUCACAGCUCUCCUGGUGUGCAAGGACCUGCUGUGGAUCGGGACCAGCGCCGGGGUGGUGUUGACCCUCUCCGUCUCGGCCAAGGCGGCCCCGACGUUGGUGGGACUCUCCCAAGGUCACACCGGCCACGUCCGCUUCCUCACCGCCAUCGAGCUGCCCGACGGCUUCGACCUCCUCUUCCCCUUGCCGAGGGAGACGGGGGCCGAGAAGCCGAGCGAGGCAGAGAAACGAGACCCCUCGCGGCCCCGCGCCCCCGCCCUCGCCCUCUCCAAACCCAAGAUGCUGGUGAUCAGCGGGGGGGACGGCUACGAGGACUUCCGCCUGACCAGCAGCAGCGAGACGGUGGGACGGGACGACAGCACCAACCACCUCCUCCUCUGGAGAGCCUGAGGGGCUGUGACCCCCCCCCAGGGGCCAUCCUGGAGAAGAAGGGGUUGGGGGGGUGCUGGUCCCCGACCCCCCUGGUCCCCACCACCCCCAGCGCCUCUCAUCUCCAACCCGGCUGCUCUC